AUGUCUCGAUCUACGACAAUGAGGGAUAUGGCACCACCAUCUACAGAGCUGAAGGGGUUGCAGAACCAGUGUGAAAGAUGGAGCUCCCAAGGGGAUGAACUGAUCAAGUUCAACGAUGAGCUUGUCAAGCAGGGUGUAGAUGGUGGCAUGAGAGCUUCCUGGCAUUUGAAAUGUGCCAUGGAAGAAAAUAUUACACAACUGCUUCCCGAGCCCGUGGCCCCCAACCUUCGAUUCCAUGCCCGCGUCUAUGCAAACAUUUCUGGCCUGGCCGAAACAUAUGUCAAGCUCGGGAUUCUCUCCAAUGCCAAGGCGUUCUCCGAUUUCGUUCGUGGGUUUAACAUGGGUCAUAAUAUGUGUGACUACAUCGAUGCCGGCAAUGGCAAGGAAUGUGCAGAUGAAAAGGUGAAAGCCAAUUUUGAGUUCAACAUGACAGACAUUCAUUGCCGCGGGGUUGUCUUUGGUGGCACAGCCGACAACGGAUACGCCCGCAUGUUGGGCCCGUACGUGCAAGACGAAAAUAACAGUCGCCGCAUAAUACUCGUCGAAGGCCCAGGGGUAGCAUCCGAGAUUGCUAAUGUCAUGCACAGGUUUCAAACGGUCUUGUUGGACAAUAUCUUUAGGGAUCGGAAGCUCUCUAGUCCAGCGUCUUCGCGGCCCGAUACACCCCCCAACCUACGUGUACAUGUACAAGAUGGCGAGAAAGGCUAUGCAACAAUGGCAGCCAAAGCGACAAAGUCACCACCUGAUACCGACGUGACCCAAGUCGGAGGCGAAAACGGGUUUUGGAUCCAUAAGCCAAAAUGGGAUCAUCUAGGUCGACGUCAGGAUCAGCAGCUGCCGCAGCACUUGCUGCCAGAAAUGAGGAAGAUCAGGGACAAGAAGUAUUGCAACAGCUACCACCUCUUGGGCAAUUGUCCGUAUCCAUUCUGCUUCCACAAGCACGGUGCAAGAUUAACCAAGUCGUCGGCACAGUGCCUUGCUGCCAUCAGCCGACGAAAUGCUUGCCCCCAGGGGGCAUACUGCAAGGACCUUGACUGCAUCCAGGGCCACCGUUGCCCAUUUGAACGUUGCGAGAACGGCCUGCAGUGCAAGUUUCCCAAGGAGAUGCACUAUUGA